CAGUUUAGACGGCGGACGCGAAUAGCCGCAGCCCCAGCCCGUCUCGCAGCGGGACGGUGCCGAGCGGAAGGCGGGCGAAGAAGCAUGGCGCCGGUGAAUUCGGUGGUGCUGCUACUGCUUGCCGUACUGUGGACGGCGGGCGGCUCGCAGGCGGCCAUCCCGGAGGUGAUCAAGAUCGGUGCUCUGCUGACGGGCGACGACGAUGCGCUGGCCGAGAGUGCGCUGCGCUACGCCGUGGACCGCGUCAACACGGACCCGGUGCUGCUUCCCGAUGCAAAGCUGUCCUUGCAGGUGGAGCGGCUCGACGGGCACGCUGGCACGCUGCAAGCGUACCGCAAAGUGUGCGGUCUCCUGGAAGGCGGCGCCGUCGCCCUGGUGGGCCCCGUGGGCGGCGGCCACGCUUCCUCGCUGGCGGCGUCGGUGUGCGCCGCGCUGCGGGUGCCCCAGCUGGAGACCGAGGAAGAGGCGGCCGAGGGGACCUUCACCCUCGACAUGGCCCCGUCGCCGCGCGUGAUGGCGGACGCCUGCGCCGACCUGCUGGAACGCAUGGGCUGGCUCUUCGUCGCCUACCUCUACGAGGACGCCCAAGGCCUGGAGCGACUCCAGGAGCUGGAGAGAAAGGAUGACAUGUCCGAGCGCAAACUGCUCGCCUUCGACCUGUCCGAUGACGACCUAUGGUCGGAGUUGGUGGAGUCGGGAUAUCGCAACAUCAUCAUAGACGUGGAUGAAAACCGCAUCGAGGACGUCCUGAUGCAGGCGCUGGAGGCCGGCCUGGUGACGGAGCUACACAGUUACCUGCUCGUGUCACUGGACGCCCACGUGCCGGGCAGCCGGCCCGCCCUUCGGCAGGCGAUGGCCGAAGCCCGGGUGUACAGCUUCCGCAUGCUGGAGCUGGACGACGACGACUUCACUCUGCUGGGCCGCCGGCUGGUGCGCCAACACCCCGAGCUCACCGCUGGCGGGCGGGAGAAGCAGACGCAGCUGGCGCUGGUGCACGACGCCGUGCACGUGUUUGCGGCGGCGCUGCACAACCUGUCGACAACCGGGGGCAGCCUGGAGCCGAACACGGUGGAGUGUGACACCGCCACCUUUCUGAAGGACGGCCAACAGCUGCUGGAUGCCCUAAAGAGCGCCAGCUACGAUGGAUUCACAGGAGAGGUGAAUUUCGACGAGGACGGGGAACGUGAGUUGGACGACCUGCGGCUCUUCGAGUGGCACCGAGGCCGCACCGAACAGGUGGCGACGUGGAGCGCCGAAAAGGGCCUCGACUUCGUGCACGACCCGUACGACGACGACGGAGUGCCGGGAGGUGAGGGUGUCGACGACUCCAUCGACGAGAACUCCCUCGAGAACCGGACCAUCAUCGUGACCACCAUUCUGUCGCCGCCGUUCGUGAUGCUCAAGGAGGGUGCCGAGAAGCUGGAGGGCAACGACCGCUUCGAGGGCUUUUGCGUGUCGCUCAUCGACAAGGUGGCGCACCUGCUGGGCUUUCGCUACAGGCUGAACAUCAUCGCGGAUGGCCGCUUCGGCGUCGAACAGCAGAGCGGCCACUGGAACGGCAUGAUCGGAGAGCUGCUCGCCGGGAAAGCGGACAUGGCGCUGGCCCCGCUGACCAUGACCUCCCGGCGAAGCGCCGUGGUCGACUUCACGGUGCCCUUCAUGACGCUGGGCAUCGGGCUGCUGAACGCGCGCGAGGACGAGACCGUGGCGCACAAUUUCCUGAGCCCCUUCAGCGCGGCACUGUGGUGCGCCGUGGUGGCGACCGUGCUCGCGGCCAUGCUGCUGCUCAGCCUGGUGGGCCGGCUCUCCCCGCUCGAGUGGCGUCGCAUCAGUGACUCGCGCCUCGACACGGACUACACGCUGGGCAACUGCUUCUGGAUGCUCUUCAGCGGGCUGACCUUGCAGCGCGUCACACUCAUGCCCAAGGCCACGUCCACCGUGGUGGCGAUGGUGUCGUGGUGGCUCUUCUCUCUGGUGGUGAUGGUGGCGUACGCGUCGGUGCUGGGAGAGUUCAUCAUACGCUACCGUGACCGACCCACGCUCGACAGCCUGGACGACCUCCUCCGCCAGAAGACGAUCAAUUACGGAACGCUGCACCAGGGCUCCACGCACGACUUCUUCAAGCGCUCAACCUUCCCGCAGUACAUGAAGCUCUGGCAGGGCAUCCAAAGCCAGGGCCACGAUGCGUUCGUGAACAGCUACGCCGAGGGCCUGGAUCGCGUCAUGGGCGGCACGUACGCCAUGUUCAUGGAGUCGCCCGCCCUCGAGUACCUCGAGAGUCGGUACUGCGAGGUGGAGCAAGUGGGGGAAAUCAUCGGCUCCUCGGGCUAUGCCCUCGCCCUGCCCAAGGGCAGCGCGUUCCGGUCGGAGUUGUCGGCGGCCAUCAUCCGUCUGAAGAGCGACGGCACCCUGCAGCUGCUUCGCCACUACUGGUGGCACGAGCAGGGUGCCAUUAACUGCCCUCGCGAGCAGCCCGUGUACCGUCCCACCCCGUUCACGGUGCGCUUCGGCCGUCUCAGCCUGGUCUUCGUCUUCCUCCUGCUGGGACUCGUCAUCACCAUGCUCGUCAUGCUCUUCAUCUUUGUGCGCGGACACGCGCAGAAGAACCUCAGCGCCGAGUCCAUGAGUGCCGUCUGGAACACCCUGGUGGAAGAGCUGCGCGCGGCGAUGCUGUGCCGCAAGGAGAAGCGUGCCAAGGAGGAAGAGGACGCGGCCAAGGACCAGGAGGCGGCCACGGCCACGACGCAGCCGCAGCAGCCCACCAUCACCACUCCGAAUGACACAGCUCCGUGAACCCCCAUGUGGCGCUGGACGUUGGGCUUGCGCCAUUCGGGGCGCACGAGGCAGCGCAACAGAUCAGUGGCCGGCCCGUGGCACUCGCCGGUCUCGUCGCAUCAUACUUCGCGAUUCGUCCUCGCAGAACAGUCCGAUUCUGAAUUGCGAAGCCAAGGUCCUUGCCCGAAUGAGCUCUUUUUUUUUUCUUUUCUUUUGCCUCUAUUGAGGCGUUUCGCCAUCUGCUACAAUGAAGUAUUUGGUCGCAUAGGCUUAUACGCCGAUAAAACAUUUCAGUCGCCUUCAUUUCGUUUAAUUUCCAGCCAAACAGAAUUGCGAGUAUCAGUACAUGAAAUGAAAAUGAGACGAAAAUGUGUUCUCCCGCUCACGAUAAACAGCGGCGCGUCAACGUGGCGAUACGAAGAAGCCAAGCAAAGCACGCGGUGUUGCGCAGUUUUCUGCCGAGGCUGUCGCGUAUGCAAAUAAGGAAGACGAAAAGCCUUCUGCAAUGCCGCGCACUUCAACGCGUUAUUACAGCUACCUGCGUUUAGGAUACUCUGUUAAUCCGAAUUGCCUGGACAUGUAUUCACUCCAUUAAACUUUCUUAAAGGUGAGCCUCAGAUAGCUAAACGGAUAUGCAAUAUCCCUUCAGAAUCUGCGCUAACAUAUCAGCGCGGAUGUUCUACCAGAUUGGGAGGCGCAUUUGCAUCAAUCACAGCGCUGACUGUUCUCUCGGCAAACUGCGUCGUAAAUUGUGUUUUUGGAACCACUUCGCACUGACAGAAUUCAGCGGUGUGGGUCAUGAGGAGCUGAACAGCCACCAGAGAAAGCAAGCAGUGGGCUUCGCAAAUGUUCACGUCCGGACAUUUUUUAAUGUAAUGCAGGAAGGAGCCAGACUACGAGAAAAUAAUGAAAACAUAAUAACAGAGGACGAGUUUUUUUUUUCGUUUCCUUAGAUAAACCAUGGCGUCCAAGUUCAAUAGUGUGCGUGCCUUUCGGUCCCAGAGGUCAUGGAUGAACGUGCCACUGACGCGAAACAGGAAAAGGACAAAGAAGACGAAAUGUCAACACUGGGCCAAAAAGUAGUCAUAAUUAGACCGUGCCAUACAACUCCACAGCAACGGUUAUUGAAGUUUAAGAACAUUUCCUUCUUCGAGUGGCUGUGAAAAUUCGUUAGGGCGUUACAACUUCUCACACUUCUAAACGCUGUCAUGUGCUGAAGACAUUGCAGCCAAGCUGAAACGGCGCUCACGCUGCAAUUGAUUAUGCCAAAAAGCGCUUAGCGAAGGAACGAAAUGAUGUCAAGUUACUGACAGGGGAAGCAAAGCGAGAUUUUAUUCGACCUUUGCAGAGUUAAGUGCUCGUGACAUCAGCUGAUGUCCCAAAACACCUUUCCGCAGUCUGCCGCGUCAUCUGGUGCUAGCAAAUUUGUUGACUUUAGUUCGUAAAAUUGUAAAAUGUUGAAGUUAAAGUCGCACUCAUUACGUCAUGUACUCGGUCACCUCGGCAGCGUGCCCGAAGGUGCCCACGGUGCCCGCGGUGCAAUGCGAAUUGCUUCUGAUAGCUGUGUGAGAACAGCGCAACGCGACAGACGUGAUUCCAGAGGAGCCUUUUUUUUUUUUACCAUCGACGUGUUGUGGCUCCGGCUUUGCUUUCAAUAUCGUAAGCUUCCCAAAGCAGGCAAUUACAUGGUGGAUCUCGUUUUUUCCCCUUCAGUCAGCGAUGAGGCUUGUGAUAUUCUUCAAGUAUUUUCAUGGUAGGCAGCAAUCUUCGACGAGCUAGUCUUCUAUUUGCGUAUUUUAUAUUGUUACUUAGCGGUUUCACCCGUUGCAUUACAAGAAAACAGAACUUGUCAAACACUGGGUUGUGGUGAAUAUUGGUCCCUGCUGCAUACUUCAGUUCUCAUAAAACAGCAUUAGCAUGAUUAUUUGGUUCCUAGAAGAAAACGACAAUGAGGAAGAAAUAUGCUCGUCAUUCGGCAGAUUUUCUUUGCCUUAGAUUAUGCAUAGUUUGAGUGGUUAAGUGUGAUAGUGCGUUCUUUUAAUUUAGAUAGGUAUAAUGGUUACACAGCUUCCCCAAGGACUUCUAUUCGCUUAGAUUGGCGUCUCAUAAGUUACACUGGCAGAAUUUCACACUUCUAGCAUUAAUUCGCGACUUCGUUUUUCAAGGAUCACUCAUUUUCCACAAACCAAUUCAUUCGAUCGAAGCACCUGUUUACACGACUAAAUAGCAUGCAAUUCAGGUAUUUUGGAUUAUAGCUGAUCACCGUUCGCAACGGGGGAAGACGCAAGACAUCAGACGAAGAAUUGUCACGCGUCCGAGUGCCGAUAUGACUUUUCAUCAUUUGCACAUGUGCUCGGAUGGCUUAGCGCAAGUUAUGUAAAGUUAGUUUGACAAUAAAAAAAAACUCGUCGAAAAGUGC